AUUGUCGCGGCCAAGAUGGCGGCGGUGAACGGGGCGUCGGGGAGCGGGCCCGGCCUGCAGGCCGCCGCCGCCAUGUACGAGCAGCUGAAGGGCGAGUGGAACCGCAAGACCCCCAACCUCAGCAAGUGUGGCGAGGAGCUGGGGCGGCUCAAGCUGGCACUUCUCGAACUCAACUUCCUCCCCACCACGGGCACCAAGCUGACCAAGCAGCAACUCGUCCUGGCACGUGACAUCCUGGAAAUCGGGGCGCAGUGGAGCAUCCUCCGCAAGGACAUCCCUUCCUUCGAACGCUACAUGGCCCAGCUCAAGUGCUACUAUUUCGAUUACAAGGAGCAGCUUCCCGAGUCGGCCUACAUGCACCAGCUCCUGGGCCUCAACCUGCUGUUCCUGCUGUCCCAAAACCGCGUGGCCGAGUUCCACACGGAGCUGGAGCGGCUGCCCGCUAAGGACAUCCAGACCAACGUCUACAUCAAGCACCCCGUGUCCCUAGAGCAGUACCUGAUGGAGGGCAGCUACAACAAGGUCUUCCUGGCCAAAGGCAACAUUCCCGCGGAAAGCUACACCUUCUUCAUUGACAUCCUGCUGGACACCAUCCGGGACGAGAUCGCCGGCUGCAUCGAGAAGGCCUAUGAGAAGAUCCUCUUCAGCGAGGCCACGCGCGUCCUGUUCUUCACGGCCCCCAAAAAGAUGACAGAGUACGCCAAAAAGCGCGGUUGGGUCCUGGGCCCCAGCAACUACUACAGCUUCACGUGCCAGCAGCAGAAGCCCGAGGACACCACCAUCCCGUCCACAGAACUGGCCAAGCAGGUCAUCGAGUACGCACGCCAGCUGGAGAUGAUUGUGUAGCCAUGGCCGCGGUCAGCGG